AUGCAGUUCACUACCAUCGUUCUUUCUGUCCUCUCGGCUGCCGCCGCCGUCUCUGCCGCCCCUGCACAGCAACAGAAGCGUGCCUGCGAAGUGAAGUACCCCAAUGCUCUUGGGUUUCCUAUCAACUUCCAUAUCUCCAAGGACGCCACAAGCAAUGUCCCGAACGACAUCUCAUUCACCAUCCCGGCCAAUGCACGCGGUCCAUGUAGCUUGGUAUACCAGUUCCCCGUUGGUACACCCAUCACUACUACUGGCAACCCAGCGCUCAAUAUCAAGGCGCUCGAUGGUCCUGCUACCGGCUCAAUCGUCGGCACAGCAACAUUUGUGGCAGACGGCCAGCUACACACAAUCAACAGCUUCGCAUGCCGCACUACUAUGGGCUUUGAGCUAAGCAUCGCUGGCGAGGCUGGCUCUGUCAACUUCUCCGAGGUCCAGGGUACUGGGCUUUGGAUGACCUACAACUGUUAA